UGAUUUUGAAUAAACAAAAGAAAAAUAUUUGUUAUCUCUGUUUUUCGAUUAAAGAUCAUUUCUCUUUCGUCAUCUUCCGAUUUGAAUCGCCGGAAAAAUCCGCCAAACAUCCGAUCACUUCUCCGAAGAUCUCUUCUAAUCAAUCCAACGCUCCCGAUUCUCCGAGUUUCAAAUCCAUGCUUGAUCCAAUCGAGACUUCUCUCCCACUGAAUCUCUCCACCUCCUAGGGUUUAUAUAUAUUCAGGGAGAAAAUCAACUAACGCUUCGCGAUGUUUAAGAAGAUGAUGAAAAGCGGGAGCCGAAAGCCCUCUCGAAACGACGCCGGAUUCGAUCCUAACUCCACCAAUAUGGUUGUUAACCACGCGUCACGCCCUUCUCCUCUCCCUCCUCCUUCUCCAACCACCACCAAGCAACCUCCUCCCAUGAACUCAAUCGAGCCCCUCCCUUUACUCCGAGACCUCCCUCCUCCCGAGCGGCAGCCUCUCUUCCUCCGAAAACUCCAAAUCUGCUCCUUCCACUUCGACUUCACCGACUCCUCGAAAAACGCCAGAGAGAAAGAGAUCAAACGGCAAACGCUGCUCGAGCUCGUCGAUUACAUCCAAUCCGGAACCACCGCCAAGAUCAUCAGCGAGCUUUGCCAGGAAGAGAUGGUGAAAAUGAUCUCCUCAAACAUCUUCCGCUCCCUCCCAGCAUCCGCGGGCUGCUGGCCCGCGGAUGCUGAGGAGGACGAGCCUUACUUAGACCCCAACUGGCCUCACUUGCAGCUCGUUUACGAGCUGCUGAUAAGAUACGUUGUUCCUUCGGAUACCGACACGAAGAUCGCCAAACGGUUUAUCGAUCAUUCCUUCGUCUCUAACCUCCUCGAGCUUUUCGAAACCGAAGAUCCUAGAGAAAGAGAUUAUCUGAAAACCAUUCUCCAUAGGAUCUACGGGAAGUUUAUGGUUCAUAGACCUUUUAUUAGGAAAGGGAUUAACAAUAUCUUCUAUAGGUUUGUUUACGAGACGGAGAGACACAGUGGGAUUGGUGAGCUUCUGGAGAUUAUGGGGAGUAUUAUAAACGGUUUCGCCUUGCCGAUGAAGGAGGAGCAUAAGCUGUUUUUGAUCAGGGCGUUGAUACCUUUGCAUAAGCCUAAGCCGAUUGGUGUGUAUCAUCAGCAGUUGGCUUACUGUGUUGUUCAGUUUGUUGAGAAGGAUUAUCGGCUUGCGGAUACGGUGAUUAGAGGGUUGUUGAAGUUUUGGCCGGUGACGAAUUGUACUAAGGAGGUUUUGUUUCUUGGUGAGCUUGAAGAGGUUCUUGAGGCUACGCAGCCCGUUGAGUUUCAGAGGUGUAUGGUUCCUCUGUUUCAGCGGGUUGCGCGGUGUCUUAAUAGCUCUCAUUUUCAGGUUGCAGAGCGAUCUCUGUUCUUGUGGAACAGCGAGCACAUUGUGGUUCUAAUCGCUCAGAACCGAAGUGUAAUACUUCCCAUCAUAUUCGCUUCACUGGAGAAGAACACAGAGUCUCACUGGAACCUGGCGGUUCACGGUCUAAGCGAGAAUAUAAAGAGGAUGUUCAUGGAGAUGGAUCCUGAGCUGUUUGAAGAAUGCCAGCAAGAGUAUGAAGAGAAACAGUCCAAGUCGAAAGAAGUGGAAGAGCAGCGCCAGAGUAGGUGGAGGAGAUUAGAUGAAGCAGUGGAAGAGCGUGAAAGAGUAGUAGGAGAAGAGGAUCAUAUGAUCAUUUCUUAGAAAAAUACCAAAUCACUUUCUCUUGAUCUAUCUAAGCAUAUUGCAAUUAUUUAAUAUAUUUUCUUACUUAUUAUAACUUUGGCUGUCUAUAACGGUAAGUACAUUUUUGUAGUGCUAAUUCGUAUUACGUAAUAAAAUAUGAAUUUAUGUUA